AUGAAUUUGUUAGCAUUUAUUUUGUAUAUCUUUUCACUAUUUUUGUCAAACAAUGCUGUAAAUGUUGGUUUGGACUUAUCAACUGGUCAGACGAAUUGGCUGGAUCCAAAUGAUCCGCUUACACCAUCAAUGUCGUCAUUUUGCAAUAAAGAAACGCUAGACGAAUUGGUAGUUUGUCGAGCUGAUCUUGAGAAAUGCAUAAAAGGUAGCAAAGUUUAUAAAUUUGUCGUUUUUUGUUAUGAAUUAAAGCAUAUGCACGGAGUUUCAUAUCGUCAUGGGGGAAAUUAUUUAGUAUCUGAUCCAACGUUGAAGCACAUUAUUCGAAAUUUUUUCCAUCGUAUGAAUGUUGACCUUGAUAAUGCACAACGCAUCGAUCGAACUAUAGACGUGUAUGUUAAUUCUGAAAACUUAGCUGUUUUGAAGGAUUAUUUGAAUUCUGAAGGAGAAACAGUAGGGCAAAGGGAACGAAUGCGCGAAGUUUUAGAGAAAAUAGUUGUUCCACACGCCUAUGAAGAUAAAUUGUUCAUCUAUUCCAUCUUAGAUUUAAUAGCGAAAUUUUUACCAUUAUUCAAUAUUUUGAUAUUAGUGCCAGCAGUUAUAAUUUUAUAUCGCAGUUGUUUUUCGCUCUAUUCUCUUAUUUGGCUCAUUCUUCUCGUUGCAUUUAUUGUAUCAGUAAUAUUCACCUUUCGGAUGAAAUAUCAGGACUUGUAUGUUGAUGCUUUGUAUGAAAUUGCACCUUUGGAUGUAAUUUUCGAGGUUUUUACAAGCUUUAUUUUUACGCCACUUGGAGUCUUUGGUCGUCAUCUAAAUACCUUUUUCUUCGAGUUUUACCACGAAACGCCCUUGCUAAUAACUGUUGUCAAAACGCUCACACUUUUUUCCCUCCUUAUAUUUCUUUUUUUUUGGCUUGGUGGUUAUCGAUUGCGGACAUUGGUUGCAACCGUAGAACCAGCUGGUAAGUUCCUUUUCUCAGAAGCAGCUAACAAAUAA